CUAUACAUUCACCGUUGCGGGUCUGAAAAACGGUUAAUAGAGGACCGCCAUAAGAGAAAUCUGAGAAAGCUAAUUGGAGCUUUGACCCACUGACCCAAUUAGUUUCCCCAGCUUAUUCCAUAUGUUCACUUCUCGACUGAGUACCUCCAGUUUGCGACUUGUACGUUGCCGCAUCUUUUCUCUUCCUUCACCCCCUUUGACAUCCUUUCUCUCUUCUUCUCUGUUCUGUGGUUUCCCUGCUUUUACUUCUUCAAUGGACAACACGGGUUUCCACAAACCCUCUUCAUCCUCCUCCUCCUCUGCCUUUGCUCAUUCCAAUCGAAGCGGUGGUAGAGGAAGAGGGAGAGGAUGGGACAAUAAGGAAAGAUCAGGAGCCCGUGGCGGUGGUGCUUCCAGCUCCGGCAAAGAUAAAAUUGAUGCUCUUGGGAGACUCUUGACACGCAUUUUGCGGCACAUGGCUUCUGAGCUAAACUUGAAUAUGAGGAAUGAUGGGUAUGUGAAGGUGCAGGAUCUGUUAAAGCUAAACUUAAAAACAUUUGCCAAUGUCCCAUUGAGGUCACACACUGUUGAUGAUGUCAAAGAGGCAGUACAGAAGGAUAACAAGCAAAGAUUCGGCCUGUUGGAAGAGAAUGGAGAACUUCUGAUACGUGCUAACCAGGGCCACACAGUAAAGAUAGUUGAAACUGAGAGCUUAUUAAAACCAAUCCUUUCAGCUGACGAAGUUCCAGUUUGUGUACAUGGCACUUAUAAGAAGAAUUUGGAAUCAAUUUUGGAGCAUGGACUCAAACGGAUGAAAAGGUUACAUGUUCAUUUCUCAUGUGGCUUGCCAACAGAUGGGGAAGUGAUUAGUGGAAUGAAGCGAGAUGUUAAUGUCCUCAUCUUUCUUGAUGUGAGAAGAGCUCUGGAAGAUGGGAUGAAGCUUUAUAUCUCGGACAACAGAGUUAUCUUGACGGAGGGUUUUGAUGGUGCGGUGCCUGUGAAGUAUUUUGAGAAAGUAGAAUCAUGGCCAGAUAGAAAACCUUUGCCAUUAUAAAUUGGAAUAUGUCACUUUUUUCCUUCAUUCCCUUUUGCAUUCUUCUUUCUUCUUACUCCCUUGCACUGCACCUAUCCUCCACCCCCCCGGAGAAAAAAGAACGAAAGAAAUUUGUAGCAGGUCAUAGUGCUCUUUGGUCUUCGCUAUUUUCCUUACUAUUACCCCCUUUUCCACCAUGAGAUUUAUUCUAACUGUCAUUAUGAUUUACUAAUUUUAUUUUAUUUUUCCUCAAAAAAGGAAAAAGAAUGUUAGUGAAAUGAAGGACUUGAGGUCUGAGCUAACGAAUGUUACCUUCCCUUUUGCAAAAAGGAAAGAAGGCAGAUUUGUUGCACUUAUUCUUUUCAAUGCAUUCCUGGAAGAACUAGUUGAUCCUUUUGAAUCAGAUAUGAGACUUAACUAUGACUAGUGGUGA